UCUGGCUAUUUUCAUCAGUAGUCUUGACCUUCGCCGAUCAGCAUUAACGAUGAUGACAAGUUUCUAGGCUUUUCGUUGAUUAGUGAUUGUAAGAUUCUCAAAUGGAGAGUCAGAUUAAUUCCCUGUGGAGGGAGGGAAAGUGGAAGGAUAUCAUACGUUUUGGAGAAAACUGGAAUUAUGAAACUUGGAGAAUUUUAUGGGUUUGGCCGUCCAUGAGUGACUUGGAAUGGAUCGAGGGAACCAUUCUGGAGCACGGGGUCCACGGGAUCGUCAGUAUUGGAUGUGGAACCGGAUUAUUAGAAUGGAUUAUAAAACAGUACACUAAAUGCGAUGUCAUCGGAGUGGAAGCAGAUAAAUGCUGGUGGCAAAGCAAGUACUCACCCACAAUAUAUCUGGACAGAGUCCUGUUCAUCGGUGAAGACAAUUCCACAGUCGACAUUCCCCCCAAUUAUGCCAUGUUGUUUUGUUACUUCAAUGACGGUGAAGCUUUUUACAAAUACAUGAUAAACUACUCUGGAAGAAUAAUUUUCAUCAUUGGACCAGAUAAAGACCAGAAUCGAUGCACAGAUCCACUGCCCUUCGAUGGAAAAUUGAACGAGCUCGGAUGGAGACUUAGCCGAGCCCGAAAGUUGGAUAAUAAGAAAGAUUUUUUCACCGUGUAUGUUCGAUUAAGAUCGCCACAUAAUAAACAAUGUUUGGAUUAAUUC